UUUUUCCCACCUUAAAUACCUCUGUUUCUGAUGCUUGCUGAGAUCAGUGUGGCAUUCAGUCUCAUCGUGCACAUUUCUGGACUUGUUCUCAUGUGACUAGGUAUAAUUGGGGUAUGGAGCCAAACUGCAUGAUGACCGUGGGGUCUGUUUGGGGACAGUGUUCUGGGCUGGCGUUCUGAACCAGGGUAACAAUUUCUGCACUGGAAUACUGGCAGUGUAAUCUACAUUUACAUGUUAUUUGCAGAAUCCAGGAUGAAUGGUUGCAGUCAGUGAUGCAAAUCUGUGAUGCGAUCAGGUGCUACUGAACAAGAGAACAGAUAGAAAUGGGGAAACAAAAUGAAGGAAUUAAUGUCGAACAGUACAACCAGUAUAUCUCAAGCCAGGAAAGCCGUGGAGCAAUUGAAAAUGGAAGCAUACAUGGACAGAAUGAAGGUAUCCAAGGCUGCAGCAGAUUUAUUGGCAUACUGUGAUGCUCAUAUUGGAGAAGAUCCCCUUAUUAUUCCAGUACCCGCAUCUGAAAAUCCCUUCAGGGAGAAGAAACUCUUUUGUACUAUCCUUUGAGUCAGUUUCCAAUUAAAAAUAUCUUGUGUUAAAAUUUGGUAUCAGUGGUGCAUGCUAUUGGUUUUAGCAUAUUUUCCUCAGAUAUCAAUACUUAGCCUAGAGUUACAAUAUUUUUAGAAGGUAGUGCAUUUUCUGGUAUAAAUAAGUAAAAGAAUCCUAAAAAAAAAAUCAAGGUAAUCCUUAUCUUUCAGACCAAUGCACAAGUUUAAUUUCAGUUUUCAUAAAGAUUAUUUGGGUCUUAAUGAAAGUAUUGAGUACAGUAUCAUAUUGUAGAUAUCUUUGCCAGUCAUAGAUUUUUCUGAGACCUAAAUGAGUCAUACCGACUCUGAAGCUAUUUUUAACAUUCUUAUUUUCUUUGGAAGGUGAAUUAAUUCAUUUGCCUUUACAAAUUUGUAUCUAAAAAGAGUAGUGUGACCUUUCCGCAAGUAGCAUUGUUUAGGAAGAAAUGCUGGUGAUUUACAAUGUUUGGAAUGAUCAGUCUUAUACAGUAAGUGAUGUUUAUAAAUAUGUUUUGUGAAGACUGUAAUAAACUUGAGUACAAAAACAACCUUAGCAGCACUGUCAGUACAAGCAAAGUGAAAAUACACAGUCACAUACGAGUUCUGCAUCAAUAAAACUGGAAAAACGUG